AUGGUAGUGGAUCCGAGGCAGUUGGAGAAGUUUGCACUGGAGGCUGACAUCCGAGCACUACUGGGAUUAGAUCGUGACGAGGAUGAGUACGGGGCGCAGGUUGGCGAGGUUGCUAGUCUGUCUAGGUGGUACAGUGGAUUUGGUUUGUUGGGUGUGGGAGCUUUGACUCAUUUGCAGCAGUCUGGUCCGCCAGCUAGAGAGGCUCAGUGUUACCUUCUUUUGCUGCUUGGGUCCACACUGUUCGUAGAUAAGAGUAAGGACCGCGUUUCUGCUGUUGUGAACUUGUUUGUGAAGAGGCCGGAUAUGCUAGGAGAGUAUGCGUGGGGGGCUGGAGCACUUGCUUAUCUGUACAGGCAGCUUGGUAUUGCCUCCCGGGCGGAGGCUAAGGGAGUGGCGGGUUGUCUGACUUUACUACAGUGUUGGAUUUACGACCACUUUCCUACUUUGAGGCCUAGUCGGUUGGAGCCACGAGAGCUGGAGCAGGGGCAGGCAGGAGCAUUAAGGUGGCGCGGUACAGCACCCCGGUCGAGUAAGAGGAGGGAUGCACAAAUGCUGGCUUACUAUCGGCAGGCUAUUGAUAGUUUGACCCCUCAGUCAGUUAGUUGGACUCCGUAUGGUCGUAGUCCUCAUCUGACGGUGAGACGUACCUUGUACCAGGGCCUGCCCAGAUUUGCAGAGAUAGCAGAAUAUUAUGAUCCCACUAGGUGCCUCCGACAGUUAGGCUACGUGCAGGGUGUACCGUAUCCACGCUUGUUGUGCGUCGACCUGCUUCCACGCUUGGAUACUCUCUUAGCUACCAGUCUGUCUAUGAUUCGUAUUGGACAACUUGGGGGCGCAUAG